CUAGCUCUCGUCCUCCUCCUUCAAUCACGCCUGACAGGGCAGCUGUCGCCCCAGUUGUAGGAGGAAGGUUUUCAGUGCGAUGUGGUAAGAUCCCAGAAGCAAGUAAAUCAAGAAAGUGGAAAACCGCGCUGCUUGAUACACCUCCUCCCUUCUUGGUACAGGCUACAAAAGGAACGGGGAAGUAUCUGCAAGGGGUAUACCCGAGGAUCCCUCCUCUCUCCAACACUCCUGGUCGUUUUCUCCAAUAUCAAGCAAGCACGUUACCUGGUGACCUUACUAUGAAAGAAACCUCUGGAUCUGUCCUUCAGAAACAAGCUGUGGCCACCUCAUCGCCUCAACAUGUGAAAAAGUAUUCCAACUCUGUCUCCUUGUACUCCAACCCAGCAGCAUCUGAAAACUUUCAAUCUCCUCGUCCACUGUUACUGUUCCUUCCUUGGCUGGGCUCAAAUGCUCAAUCCUUUGAAAAAUAUAUCCAGCUGUACUUUAAACUGGGCUUUGAUGUGUUAGUGGCAGAGAGCUCACUAUCACACUUUUUGUGGCCCAAGAUAGGUCUGGAACAUGCAGGACGUCUGCUAGAUCUCCUGAUGGCCGAGAAGGAUCUUUGCUCCCGUAAACUUUACCUUCAUGCAAUGUCCAUAGGAGGCUACACAUUUGCACAGAUGUUGGUGGGCUCUUCCAAGGAGAAGCGGCAAAUGCUGGACCGGAUUCAUGGUCAAGUGUUUGAUAGCCUUGUGGUUGGCAGCCUGGAAAGAAUGGCAACAGGUGUGGCACGCAUGGUCAGUGUUCCUCUUUUCCAGUCCUUGAUCGUGCGUGUAACGCUACUUUACUUCUCACUCCUAAAAUCCCAUACUGCAGAUUACUAUGAGAAAGGAAUUGAAGCCUUUUGGGAAAACCCAGUCACCUGUCCUGCCUUGUUCUUCUACUGUAUAAAUGACCCACUGAGUGAUCAUAUUACAGUGGAUAAGCUCCUGCAGUACUGGAAGGAGAAAGGAAUCGAGGUGCAGGGCAAGAAAUGGGAGAAAUCGGUACACGCAGGGCAUCUCCGAAGGCACACACAGGAGUACACCGAUAUCCUGAACAAUUUCAUUAAUGGUCUCCAGGCCGAUGUGCCAAAAAGCAAACUGUAACUGGAGUGAAGAGCAGGCUCGAAAAAAGUGGGUGUAAGACUAAAGUAUGACACAUGGUUUUCAGGAUGCUUCUCGGGCUCCUUUUACAACGCGUCACAUUGUGUACCCUGCAAUUGCAAGAGCAGAGCCAUAAGCUAAAAGCUUAAUAAAAGCAACGGCCAUGUAUUCAGAAAAACCAUAGGAGGCCAAAAAAUCCAUUCCACAUGCAAACCGAGCUCACAAAUACAUCCUUUUAUUAUACACUAGCAGAAGGACCCGGCUUCGCACGGGUAUGUUUCAUCUAUUUAUGUUUCAUAUUUCAUUUAAAGUGGCGGGGCAC